UACUGUCACGUGAUCGUUAAAGCGCAUGACUGUCCCGUCUUCUAAGUGACGGGAGUACAGCUGUGAUUAAAUCGAGGAAGAUUUAAUAUUUAUUCGCGUUUAGCAGCUAGAACCCUGCCAAGAUGAGUGCUCGGGACAGAAUACAGAUUUUUCCAUCGCGAAUGGCCAUGACUCUCAUGAAAGGCAGACUGAAGGCAGCACAAAAAGGGCACAGUCUUCUAAAAAAGAAAGCAGAUGCCUUACAAUUGAGGUUCAGAGUUAUAUUGAAAAAAAUCGUAGAGACGAAAUCUCUGAUGGGGGAAGUGAUGAAGGAGGCCGCUUUUUCACUGGCUGAAGCGAAAUUCACCAGCGGUGAUUUCAACCAAGUAGUCUUGCAGAACGUCACCAGGGCGCAGGUGAAAGUCAGGUCCCGUAAAGAUAACGUCGCCGGUGUGACACUUCCAGUAUUUGAAUGUUUUCAAGAAGGCACAGAUACCAACGAACUUGCGGGUCUGGCCAGGGGAGGUCAGAAGCUCGGAAAGCUGAAGAAAAACUACUUCGAAUCCGUGAAACUUCUGGUAGAGCUGGCCUCUCUGCAGACGUCUUUCAUAACGCUCGACGCCGUGAUCAAAGUGACCAAUCGCAGAGUCAACGCCAUUGAGCAUGUGAUCAUUCCUCGCAUAGAGAGGACGUUGCAGUACAUCAACUCCGAGCUGGACGAACGAGAACGAGAGGAAUUUUUCAGGUUGAAGAAAAUUCAAGAAAAGAAGAAGCAGAUUAGGGAGAGGAAAGAAAAAGAGACAGCGGAACGAAAGGCAAGAGGGGAACACAUAGAGGAAGCUCCCAACAUCCUUGACGACACCAAAGACGAGGACAUCCUCUUCACUUAGGAUCAUUCCACGAUACCUAGCUGCUGGUAGCGUUUUUGUUUGUGGGCCCAGGAGAGCGUGAAAUACCACAUUUUUCCAGUCAUCGUUGCUCCUGUUUUGGUUCCUGAUGAUUAUUUCUAGAAAAAUGUCGUCAAUGUCGGGGGUAGUCUUUUUUUUCUGCAAGAAGUAUUGAGAACAUUGAGAAAAAAAAAAAAAAGCACUACCCUGUUUCUUAUAAGGAACUUUAAUAAGUGUCGCUUUACUGUUUGUUUUGUUUACUGCGUUUGUUGCUUCCUGCCCAGAGGACGCUGGACCUUUUAUGGUUCGAGCAGUGAUGACAUGCAUAUUUAAAAAGAAUUUUUUUUCUUUCUUUUUGUUACGUUUUUCACUACAGAUAUAUCGAUAGGGUUGUGUGUGUCGUAUUUGCAAAAGAAUGCCAAGAUAGCGGAAGACAUGUAUGUACACUGGAAGUUCGUAUGAUCCGAGGGGAUUGACGUGUUCUGCUUAGGUUGAAAAGGGAUGUAAAGUUUAUGUACAGUACUGAUUAAACUGUGUAAACGUG